AUGGACCCAACAAUCGACCCAACAACAGACCCAACAAUUGACCCAACAGUUAAAACAACAAUCGACCCAACAAUCAAUCCAACAAUCAACCCAACAAUCGACCCAACAAUCGACCCAACAAUCGACCAAACAAUCGACCCCGCAAUCGACCCAACAAUCGACCUAACGAUAUACUUGACAAUCGACCCAACAAUCGACCCAAAUAUCGACCCAAAAAUCAACCCAACAAUCAACAACCCAACAAUCAACCCAACAAUCGACCCAAAAAUAGGCACAACAAUCGACCUAACAGACGACCUAACAAUCUACUUAAUAAUCGACCCAACAAUCAACCCAACAAUCGACCCAACAAUCGACCAAACAAUCGACCCAGCAAUCGACCCAACAAUCGAGCUAACGAUAUACUUGACAAUCGACCCAACAAUCGACCCAAAUAUCGACCCAAAAAUCAACCCAACAAUCAACCCAACAAUCAACCUAACAAUCGACCCAAAAAUAGGCACAACAAUCGACCUAACAGACGACCUAACAAUCUACUUAAUAAUCGACCCAACAAUCAACCCAACAAUCGACCCAACAGUCGAUCCAACAAUUGAACCAACAAUCGACCCAACAAUCGAACCCGCAAUCUACCCAACAAUCGACCCAACAAUCGACCUAAUAAUCGACCCAACAAUCGCCCACAACGACCCAAAAUCGACCCAACAAUCUAUCCAACAAUCGACCCAAAAAUCGACUCAACGAUCGACCCAACAAUCGACCAAACAUUCGACCCAAAAAAUGACCAAGCAACGCAAUCGACCCAACAAUCGACCCAACAAUCGAUCCAACAAUCGACCCAACAAUCGAACCAACAAUCGACCCAACAAUCGACACAACAAUCGACCCAACAAUAGACACAACAAUCGACCUAACAGACGACCCAAAAAUCGAUCCAACAAUCAACUCAAUAAUCGACCCAGCAAUCGACCCAACAGUCGAACCCAACAAUCGACUCAACAAUCGACCCAACAAUCGACCUUACAAUCGACCCAACUAUCGACCCAACAAUCGUCCCAACAAUAG